GGUUAAUUGCCGGAAAAACCAUAUACUUUUUCAAAAUUUGGUUUUUUCCCAUGACAAAAAAAACCUGAACAUAAAUCCAUGAAUUGAACAACUUAUUGCAUUUUUCCCCCGCGUCCGUUUUCCGGCGAAAUUGAAUCCGAGGUGGCAAUCGGAAUUCCAGCGUGUCAUUGCCGGCAAUUGAACGAGACGACGUCGUUUUAAUUUUAAUUAAACGACGUCGUUUCAUGAUUUGUUGACAGUUGAAUUAGAAAAUCUGAAAUUAGGAUUUGGGAAACAUUUGGAGUCGCGAUUAGGGUUCUUCGAGCAAAAUGUCCGAAAGCUCGAAUUCAGGAGCUUUGCAACCGGCUGCACAAUGUGGAUGUCGAAUACCAGCCGUCCUUCGUGUAUCUCACACCGAGAAAAAUCCGUUUCGGCGAUUCCUUUGUUGUAGCAAUGUAAAGGGCGAUUGUGGCAUGUGGAAAUGGGUGGAUCCUGAGCUAUCGCCGUAUUACAAGACCACUGUACUGAGGUUGAAAGCUAUGGCCGAGGACGGUGAAGCUGGAGAUGGAAAUUCCGAUGGGUUGUGUUUUGCAAAAUCAAAUGAUGGAGAAUCAAUUUGUGUUGAUGAAGUGAAGACUAAUCUGAGAAAAUUGGAGAAUGCCGUGAAGAAUCUUGAAUGGAAGAUCCGAGCUUUAGUGGUUUUGUGUGUAGCUUGUGUUAUGGUUGUUUAUUUUGCCUAAUGCAAUUCAAUGUAAUAGUUUGUAACAAUUCUGUUAUGAUAAUCAAUGGAAAUGAAAUGUUGGUUUGUAACAAA